AUGUCCCUCUGCUUCCAAAGUGAAAGUGCAGACGUGGAGCUGAUGAAGUUGUCUGCAUCCUCCUCCGGGCCUUCUCUCAUCUCAGACGCUUCAGUGGACUACAGCUUUAGUCAAACUGGCACGGGACGCACAGGGCCCGGGGCCCAUCGGACACCCACCACCACCACCCCCUCCUCUAUUCCCUCUCCACGCUUUAAUGAUGGCGGCCCAAAACAUGGAGCACGUUGUCUUGGGCUGGUGUCGUGCUGGCUUGAUCCGUUACGUAAGCGCAGUGGGGCCCCCUCCAGUCCGCUCUCGUCAACUUUGUUCGCCGCGACAACAUGCGCAUGCAAAAAAUCCGUGACAUUAGCCAAGGAGAGCUGUCGAGAUGUUGGGCUCUCUGCGUUGCAUCACUUCAGCAGCAGCUCUGGCGCCCCGGAGCCAACACCGACCUCCUAA